AAGAUAUGUAAAAGCUGAAUUCAUAUUCAUUUAAUUAUUUAUUUAGUUAUUUUCAUCGAAGCAGGAUAAUGUUACACUGAGAAAUACUAAAAAUAUAGACUUCAAAUGCAAAAUCUAAUUAAUUUGUACAGAUUUGUUGAAGCUUAAUGUCUCGAGACGAUGUUUUUUUUUUUUGCUUUGUUUGUUCGUUGAACCAUUUCUGUGUUGAUUUGGCCCUAAAAAUAACACUUGUGCUAUAAUGUUUCUAGUUUUUGUUCUUCUGCUGACCGUCACCGUUACUGAGUGCUGUGUCCGAGUUAAAAGGAAAAGGAAGAAACAACUGAAGAGUAACGUGUUAUUUCACUUUAUUAAUCAUUUGUUCAUAAGAACUUUGUAGAUUAAAGGAGAAUUUAUUAGAAUAAUCUGAAAUUAUCUUAAUGAUCUAUAAAGAAAUAAGUUACAAUCAUAACUAUAAGAAACGAUGGUUGUCCUCUGACUUCCUGUCAGGAUUAAAAUAAUGUCAUCACUGAGACUACGUCACAAAUAACUGGCUAAAUAUUUGGCUUUGAGUCCUAAUUUCUGCCUCUCUAAUCACUGACCAGAUGAUGUGGAGCUUCCUUUGAAGCGGAUCGACACCGAGCAGCCAACAUCAUCGCCGUCUUCCUCCUCUUCCUAAACAUCGUCCUCCUCAUCACCACCAGCCAUGAGCCAAACGAUGUUUCUAUACGCUCAGCCGGUGCUGGACAAACAUCUGUACAAUUGAAACGAGCAAUAAAAUGUAAUGAAUGAAAUGUUAAAAGUAAAUAAAAAUACUUGGAUGCCAUAUAAAAGCAGAUGUGGGGCCUUUUGGAUCACUUCCUUUCAAAACUAACAGAGUCACUGACAGGACAUGUGAGGUGUUGUUACAGGAAAUGUUACAGGGAAGUUCUUCUUUUCGGCCAAAGACAGCAAUGAAGGCAUCGGCGUCGCUCUCUGUCGUCUCUGUGUUUUUGCUCUGCAGCUCCACUGUCGCCUCACAAGCCAAGUGUGAGGAGGACGACGAUGAAGAUGGCAUCGUUUUCUGUCGUCUCGGUGUUUCUGCUCCUCUGCUCCGCCGUCGCCUCCCAAGUUUGUGACGACUAUGCUGCAACGGGUCGAAGCUUCAGUGUUCGUCUGGGAUACACAAAGAAACCGACUGAUAAGCUGAAGUGGAAGUUUAAUGUCGCUGUAAUAUGUAUUGUAAAAUCUACAACAGAGAAACCUCCUUGUAACAAUAACAAUUAUGGCAUUAAUGAUGAUGGAUCCCUCAAACUGACUAAUCCGAAGAAGGACCAAGAAGGAUUUUACAUCUCUGAGGUUCACGAUAUCAAUGGAAAAGAACUGCACACGAAGAAUUCAAGCUUAUGUAUACGAGAUCCUGUGAAGAAGCCUAAAGUGGAAGCAACAUGUAAAGAAGCAAAUGUGACAUUUAAAUGCAUUCCUGAUAAGACAUCCAAGAAUGAAAUCAAAAAGUACGAAUGGCUUCAGAACAAUGCUCAGAUAAAGAAAACGGACUCGGCUUUUACAUUGACAGCUGCAGAAACUAAAGACAUCAAAUUUGCUUGCAACGUUUCCAAUGAAGUCAGUUUUGAAGUCAGUGAUCCUGUCACUCAUAAUUGUGCUACAAGUGUCCCAGGUCUCCCAGGUCUUCCAGAUGAAUUGUGGGGAAUAAGUAUCUGUGUUUUUAUAGGUGGUGGAGGAGGUAUCGUUAUAUUGCUGAUGAUCAUUGUCAUUAUUUGCUGCAUCCGAACUAAGAGAACAAGGAAACUACGCCUGAAAGAUGAGGAGGAGCUCCGUUUGGAGUGGACCAACACCGAUCACCAUCCCAAUCAUCCGCCUCUUCCUGACCAUCCUCCUCCUCAUCAUCCCAACCGUCACCAUCAUCAUCACCAUCAUCAUCACCAUCACCACCAGCAGCAGCAGCAGCAACAGGCACCGGGCAACACCGGCCCUCGACAGAGCCGCUCCAAACAAAACCGCCAACCUCGAGCCCGAGCCCCUGAACCCAACGGCCAACCUCAGCCCAGCCCACGGAGAACCGGACAGGCACAGAAACCUGCCAGUGACGCUGACGAUGAGCAGCCUCCUCCUCUUCCUCAGCCCAGAAAGAAAGGCCCCAAAACGCAACUAGAUUAAAAUUCAUCUGAGAUAAGUUUAGACACAGACGUUUUAUUCCUCCUGAUUUUCUGGGCUGCUCCACUUUAAUGUUUUUUUUUUGUGUGUGUGUGUGUGUGUGUGUGUGUUCAAACUAAAAAAAACUUCAGUUCAUGCAGAUUAACAAACUACAACCUGCGAUAUCGUUGAAAAGCUUUAAUGCUGAACUCAAACUAAAAAUGUUCAAACUCUUUCUGACUUCUAUUAAAAUGUCACUUUUGAUAUUUUCUAUGGAGGAUAAAUCAAAUUGAGUAACAAGUUUCCCAUAUAUUGAUGGGAACUUCCUUUCAGCUGGCUGAAAGACAGCUAGCUGUUCCUUGACAAACUUUAAAUAAGAGUUAAAUACUUAUCUAGUUAGCAUUUAACCACUCAUCAAUCUCCUACAGUUAGUGCUGUUUUCAUACAACAGCUAACAUGUAAAGCAGUGACUCAUCGAGACUAAAAAUAUCCUUUUAAAGAGGUUCCUGGCAGAACAUAAGCAGUUUUAAACACAAUUUAACGCAUCAAUUAAAGUAUGAAAAGGCUUCACACAGAUGACUAUAGUUGAUUGUAAGUCCUUUAAAAAUUAUUUUAAAGCCACUGAACACAUCAGACAGCCUUCAAUUGAUUCCAAGAAAAUGCAGCUGCAUUUUGCAAACACCUUUAUCCCAGUUCAUUUUGGACAAUUUCAGAACUAAAAGGCUCGUUUUAACUUUUUUUUCCCCAUUAAAUGUGUAGCUCAACAGGUAACCACAUGUUCUUCGUAAUGUGUGGUUACCAAGACCACACAUUACCAAGUAUCGGUAUUCUCCCGUGAAUGAGAAUACCAAGAUAUUUGCACUGAAAGACAAAUGUAAAUUUCUGAACAUUCAAUUUCAGAAUUUGAUCUGAAAUUGAUCAAAUUCAGUCUUGAAUUUGAAAACAACCACAGUUUGAAUUGAUCUGAUUGAAAAAUAACGCUUUAUGGGAUUUUUCUUUUUACAUAAUUGAAGGCAUUUUGAGGUUUACUGAAAGCCUGUUUUUGUGUGCUCUCAGAACGGUAAACAACUGUAUCAUCAGCAUAGAGGUGAACAUUUGAAACAAGAGCUUUAAAGUAGAUGAUAAAAAAACUGUGGUCUAAGGCCUGACCCUUGAGGAACGCCCAUUAAACUGUUAAGCAACCUACAAAUUUAACCAUCUGCCUGCACAUAUUCAGAUCCACCGCACAAUUAGUUGUGUAAUUCCUACAUCAAAAGAGUCUUUGCAUCGAUAAGUUCAGUCUUUGUAACUAAAAUAACAGUAAUGAAUGACAUAAACAGCAUCACACAGUUUAAUAUGUUGGAUCACUUUUGCAGUAUUAUGAAUAAUUUAUGUUUUUCUGUAUAUUUGAAACUGAUCAUGUCGUUUAUAUAUCUAUGUAUAUUUUUUACUUUUUUAUUUUCUAAGAGAAAAUGAAAACAGAACUUGCUAGGGACAGAUUGAAGUGGGAGAUGUAUUUUGUGGAUACAAUUUUCAGUUGCUGCAUCAAACUAUGUGAGAGUUUCUUUGCAUGUAUGUAAAAACAAUGUUGUCAUAUAACUAAUGAAUUAUGUUUACUUUAAGACAAACUCCUCUUAGUCAAAAAAAACAAAACUAUCAUGGAGCACAUCGUGUGUUUAGUUUGCAAAUGGUGGUCAACAGUAGAGAUAGGCGGCUAAAAUCAUUCAUUGAUAUGUGAAAAUUUGGAAGUCACAACCUUCUUUAAAAAAAAAAAAAAAACUAAAUCCUUUAUCAUUCUUUGUCUUUUUUAGCAUAUAUUUUAGGAAAGCAAAUGUUACAUUUAAAAUCUUGCGAUGCGUUUCUUGUUCUGACGUCUUCUGGUAUGCCAGAAGGCUCCAGCUUAUUGGUGCGCUUCCAUUUAGCCAAACUAUCUAACUUUAGUUUCCCGAUUUGUUUGUCUUUGUCUGCUUCUGUUUUCUAUUUAAAUGCUGCUUGUGGUGCAUGUUAAGGUACAUUAAGGCUGUUCCGAGUUUUCCCACUUGGUGAAAUAAUAUGUCACUUGCCUUUAUUUGGUGAUGCAUGGUGAUGCCUUUAUUUGUUAUACACAAAAGACAAAAGGAUCUCAAACUCCAUUAUUUAUCUUUAUUGUCUUUGUUCCGUCAUUGCAUGCUGUAAUUUUUUUUGUUCUAUUUGUAUUUUUAAAAGUCCAAAAAUAAAAAAUAAAAAACAUAGUAUGGCAGCAACUGCGAUUUGACCUUUUUUCAGACUGACGUUUUCACCUUUGCAAGUGACUUCAUUUUCAGAUUGAGUGUGCAACCCGGUGAUGUCUGCAUCUUUCACCAUAUCCUGUGCAUUUUUGCUGAAAAUGUGUUUGUGGUUUGCUGCUCUUGUGUGCAUUCGCAGAGCGCCGAGUGCAAGAUCGCUAUCGUGCUUUUGUGUCGACGUGGAGAUGUUUUCCUGCAAUUGGAGCAAUAACUUUGAUCGCCAUUCACAUUGUUAUUUUUGUUUUCCUCAUUAGUCUUUGCGUUCUGAUUACCGGUGAGACUCAAAGGGAUCUGGUAACUUGGAAGGAGUUAGUCACAUUUGGUGCGUUGGGCAUAAAUGCUGCUGCACCUUGCAUCUCAACACCCACACACAAAACACUGUCGUCCAGUGACAACGUUUAAUUGUGUUCACACUUUUCUACAGCAACA